CCAUAGUACUAAAAAAAAAAAACGUGAUUUCGGGAAAGUUGGACUUUGAAAACUAGAUUAUAAAAUUUUCUAUUGAAAUAUACUUUUGAUUUAGUACUACCUUGUAGAUCUAGUACUUUACAAGUUAUUCAAACAAAAGCUUUGAUUAUAAGUAUUUCAAUUGUUUUAUAGGGUCUCUAGUUGGAACAAAAAUUUUAGACCAAAUUAAGAUUUUACCCAAACGAAGAGUAUUGUUACGUUACCUGUGUUAUUGUGCGUAGGAAAAAAAAAGUACUAGUGACUGGACUAAUAUUCAUUCAUCAAUUUGACCGUGUGAACAGACAAUUCUCGAGUCUGGAUGUAAUACAUUGAAUUAUCUCCCUAAGCUCAGUGUAUUUUUCGAAGGUCGCUUGCUCUUAUGCCAUUGGAGGUCACUCAGUGAAAUAUUGGCCCAUCUGCGAUGCAUAGGUGCAGAUAAGGGGCCGCCCUCUACAACAAUUUUGGAUUGUAUACGUUUGAUAGUGGGAAGAAAAAAAAGGUCCACACGUUUUUUGUACUGAACUCAAAGCAGAAGUGGGAGAGAGUUAUCUGCCACUUGCUGCCGUUUCAAUGAGAUCCCUUUGUAUGGAGAGUGGUGUCCCCUUGUCAACGAAACGGAUUCCUAAUUACAUCACAGACUUUUUAACAACACCUGGACAAGAGAGAAUGCCAACACAGACCAGCAGUAAAGAGUUGUGUACUGGAUGCCAGACACCAAUAGAAGACAGAUACCUUCUGAAAGUGAUGAAUGAGUCUUGGCACGAAGGCUGUCUACAAUGUUCCUUGUGUAGGGUGCCGCUUACAGUUUCCUGCUAUUCAAGAGACCGGAAGUUAUACUGCAAGUUAGACUAUGAAAAGUACUACGCCACCAAAUGUAACGGCUGUCUUCAGUGUGUGCCAAGGAAUGAGCUCGUCAUGAGGGCGUCCAGCUUCGUCUAUCACCAGCAGUGCUUCUGUUGCAUCGUCUGCGGGCAGAGGCUUCAGAAGGGAGACGAGUUUGUCCUCAGGGACGGGCAACUUUUUUGUAGGCUGGACUAUGAGAAGGAGUUCACGUUCUUGCCGAUGAGCCCCAAGAGUGACAUCAGCGACUGUUGCUAUGACGACGGAGACGGGGGUGACCUGGGGAACAACAAAGGUCCAAAAAGGCCUAGGACUAUACUGACCACUAGCCAAAGGCGGAAAUUCAAAGCUUCGUUUGAAGUCAAUCCUAAACCUUGUCGAAAAGUGAGAGAAUCUCUAGCUGCUGAGACUGGACUAAGUGUCCGAGUGGUCCAGGUGUGGUUCCAGAAUCAACGAGCUAAAGUCAAGAAAAUAGCUCGUAAGCAAAACCUGGAGACCAACAACAACAACAAUAACAACACUAACAACAACAGCAACACCAGUGACAGCAGCAACAGUAAGAAAUCCUCCAAAUCCCAGAAGAAGAAGAAAACAGAGGAGGACAGUGACUCCUCGGACUGUGGACUUGACCAGAACAGCAGUGACGAGCCAAUGUCCAGUGAAAAUACAUCAUAUUUAUCUACCCCUGAAAGUCGAUACUCUAGUAGUAUGAGGUCAUUCGAUGUGACGUCACAGUCAAGUCACAUGUUUCCUAAUCAGGACAUGGGCGAGUCCAUGUACCCUGACACCCCCGUGGGCAUGGACGACGGGAUGGAGCACUUCGAUCACGUGCUCAUCUCUGACGGCGGACUGCAUCAUCGGGCGGGAAUGAUGGGCCCUGGCCUGAUCAACCCAAUAGACAAACUUUACUCCAUGCAGACGUCUUACUUCAGUCAAGAUUAGACCAGCAUCAUUUUUCAUUUUUCAUUCUUGAAGAAAAACAAUAACUGAAACAUUAGAUCUACAUCAUCGUUGUUCAGAUUGGAAGACUAAAAGUCACGUGAUCAAUGUGUGUAUCACGUGAAUACUCUUUACAUUUACAAAAAAUAAAAUCGCUAUUUCAUAUUGAAAGUGUACAUGAUGCUGACAUCAAUCAGGGGAUACAGACAUGCCCUAAAGGUCGGCCACUGGAUAUAGCCUAACACUUUGCAUUAGAGUGUCAUUUGCCCAGCUUGGAAGACAGCGUUGGUUUUUAAAGCUAGAAGUUCAGUGGUCUUCAGCAAUGUAAACAUUGUCAGUCUAAUACAUCAACACCAGGCCGGGAGGAACUGUUACUCUUUGGAUUGGAGUCGUUUGGAAGUACUUUGAAUACGUCAUUCAUAGUACACUUGUUCCUUCCCGUGAACUCUUGACCUUACAUGCUAAUUUAUAUCAGCUUGACAAGAAUCCUUUUCAAUGCUUUGUAUACUGUAACAUAUGUGAAUUUCUUAUACUAUGAACACAAUGGCAUGAUUUCAAUUUCGUCUAUUAGAAUAUUGUGUAUACAAACACUGGUCCUUUUAUGUGUUGAAUAGAUCCAGAAAGAUUUAUUACAAUAACAGACUAAUAUGUUGUUCCAAACACAUGACUAUGUAAAUAUUUACUUAACAGUUGCCAUGUCUUCAGUGCUUCCAGCGCUGAGUAUUUCCCCCUAGAUCUAAAUUUUGGUUCCUCUCUGUUUUGCUUUGACACAGUCAUAGUGUGAAGUAAAAUUGUUCAUUAAUUUCUGGGUGUCAAAUACUUUUGAUUAUGGGUAUAAAACAAAAACGGAAAGCACACUUAAGAGUCUCGCUAGAAUCUCAGUUGCCCAUAUAUAUUUGAGCUAGCUUCGUUGUAAGAUUAACAGAGCGUUAUGUAAUCUUACUAGAGAAUGAAAUCUUUCAAUGCAAUAAUAACAAUUAAAUCAAAAUCUUCAGAAUUAGAAAACUGUCAUAGGUUUGACAUUAUCUUCUGAGAGAUUAGGACAAGGAUGUUUACAAAAAGUUAAAAUAUAAUAAAUUCUGAAAUUUAAAUUAAGCACCAUAGAUAAAAACAUUGACUAUUCUAAUAAUCCAAAUUGAAAUCAUAAAAUGACUAAACAUAUACAAUAUUCGAAGUCAGAAUACGCGUCUGUACAUUUAUUUUGCGGCUAUAGUAAAUUAACAGAAAUUGAUUCAGAAAGGAGGCUGCCAAAAACUUUAAUUCAAAAUUCUUUCAUAUAUUAUCUCCCCUGAUAUUUCCCCUUGACUACUUCUGCUAUCUUUGCCCAGAUUCAGUAUAGCUUGGAAGGUAAAUGAACAUUUCAAUAUAUGUGCUCGUAUGUGUAUUAUUCCUUGCAAUGCAUAUUGAAUUAUCUUUCUAUUUAUCGAAUUGUUUGUUAGGCUGUGACCAGAUUUUAGUCAUACGGUGUCGUUACUGUGACCUCUUAGUCAAUGCAGACAAACUGUUUGAGCUGCUUAAUUUAGUUGGAUACAAAUAAUGAACGUAAACUAUGCUCGGUUCUGACUUGAAACAAGAACUACUGCAUGUCUUCUACUAAGAUCUGGAGAAGUCUCUCUCCAUUGUAAUCCAACGACCACUUUGUCCUGUGCACCCGUUGUGAAGUCUGUGAAACUAAAUCUUUUUUGUUUCACUUCAGACUCACAUAUAUACUUGUAAGAGGAAAAGAUUGCCUGUCACCUGAUGCCACAACGAGGGCUUGUUAAGGGGAAAGAUAGUCUGUCCCUAAGUCUCCUUACGUGAGAGAAAUCCUUCCCCCCUUUUCGAACAGUUUGAGAUCCAGUAAAGAGAAAAAUGGAUACUUCAAUUUCCCCAGAAUUUUGUUUGUUUGUUUGUUUGUUUGUGUGUGUGUAUGUGUGUGUGUAAUCAAUAUUUCGAGUACUUUGUACUGAUGCUAUAUGGAGAGUUGGGUCUCUACAGGUAAAGGUUACGAAGUGGUCUAACGUAGCAGACGUCAAUGUAUUAAACGAAUAAAGAUUUAUUUAGUUAUUCAUAAUUUCUAGGUUAUUCUAGACACUAAUGAACACUAUAUGUCCCUUUUACUGUUUAAACCUUUCAGAGACUGUAACUUCAUUAUUCCUAAAUGACACUAUUUCUGAUUUGAAUUUAUGCAUUUACCUCUUCUUUGUUGUUUACACCUUGGAGCCAUGAUUUUGUUUUUUUUUAAAUGAUGUAAAUAUCUAAGCAUGUUUAUCAGAACUCCUUUGGCCCCUAACCCAAUUGUUAAAUGGCUCAUUUAAUUAAUCAUUGACAAGUGUCGUAGAUCACUGUUGCUUGAAAGUAUUGACAGAGUUACGACAUCUUUUUAUAACUUGACGAUUCUCUUCCACUACAUGUGUCAAUGCAAUAAGAUAUUCGAGCUUGUCUAAAGUAAGGUGGGAGCACAAACAAAUGGUCAGCUUGAAGAUCUGGCUUCGUCCAUAAUGAAUUGUACUACGUCACAUUUAGACUUUAACACACAACAUAACAACAGUCGCGAAGUGAAAUAAUUUAAAGUUUUUAACACAACAUAACAACAGUCGCGAAGUGAAAUAAUUUAAAGUUUUUAACACAACAUAACAACAGUCGCGAAGUGAAAUAAUUUAAAGUUUUUAACACAACAUAACAACAAUCGCGAAGUGAAAUAAUUCAUAACACAACAUAACAACAGUCACUAAGUGAAAUAAUUUAAAGUUGAUUGACUGACAUGAGUUUUAGUUUUUUAAUUAUCGUUAGAAAGUUCAUAAGAAAGACAAUGAAUUGACCAGAUAUUCGAAUGUUAAACAAUUAAACUGAUUGACAAACAUUGACACUUGAAGACGACAAUGACUUUUUAAAAAAUGUUUCCAGAUCGAAAUGCCAGUUUUAAAACGUAUUUAAAAUCUAUGUCAAGAAAUCUUGGGGCUUGUUCUAAAAUGCAUAUGUAAUUGUAUAUCUAUUCAAGUUCAACCGAAUUAUUAUAAUAUAUUUAUUAUAUUUUGUCAUCUUGGGACCAGUGCUUAGAAUAUAUCUUUGAAUGUCUACAAAUUAAUCUGUGGCCAUUUUUAAAAACAUAUCCCUAAUCUUUGUGUGUAUUUGUGUUAGUCUUAUUCUUUAAAUUAACCUGGAAAAAAUAUGAUUAAGACUAAUUUUAAUUCUUAAAUGUCUUUUUUUUUUUAAUUAAUUAGGGGACCAAUUAAAAUCACUUAUAACAUAUGAUUAUAAUUGAUAUGUGUAUGUUUAAUAUUAUUAUGUAUUUCUUUUCUAAGAUCCUAAUUUUUUAGAGGACAAGUUCCUUCAUUGUCCAUGAUCAUGUUCCCACUAUUUAACCUGGUCAUUAAGACGCUAAAGCUAUUUAUUUGUUCCACUUCCGAAUGGCUGUGUAUGAUCAAUUAGAGUUGUUGAUUCGACUAGACAAAGAUAGGAUUCUAUCUCAACACUUGAUUCUGUUGUGUGUUCUAUUUUUAUGACACGUUUUUAAAGCAAUGACACAAUAAAUGUCUUUUUGUUUGAAAUCAA